AUUGAUUGGGAGAUUACAUACUGAAAGGAAUUGGGGAGACAGACACCAUGGACCCCCAAGAUGAUGGCAGCAUUUGCUCCCGGGGGGCAAAAUGUACCUUGCUGUUCCUUGGACUGUUUGCCGGGGCCGUCUUGGUGGCUGGAAUUUUUACGGUGUCUGUGAAAACACAGGUAGACACCCUGGUGGCUCCAAACUCAAUUCUUCAACUUCCCCAUCACUUGAGGUCAAAACGAUACACUUUGACUCCAGGUCUACUGAAAUGGAACCACUUCAACCUGACAUACAGGAUUGUAUCAUUCCCAAGAAAUUUAAUCAACGAAAGCGACACCAGAAAGGGCAUCGCUGCAGCUUUCCGCAUGUGGAGUGACGUUACUGCUUUCCACUUCAAGGAAGUUCCUGCAGACCAUGAAAGUGAUCUAAAGAUUGGGUUUUAUGGUAUCACUCACACAGACUGCUUGGAGUCAUCGAUCCAUUACUGUUUUGAUGGACCCACUGGAGAACUUGCACAUGCCUACUUCCCACAAACCGGAGAGAUCCACUUUGAUGAUAGUGAAUACUGGAUUUUGGGGAACACCAGAUUCAGCUGGAAGAAAGGAGUAUGGCUGACAGACUUGGUCCAUGUAGCGGCCCAUGAGAUCGGACAUGCACUGGGACUCAUGCAUUCCCUCAAUAGCAACGCUCUGAUGCACAUCAACGCUACGCUCACAGGGAAAAAGGACAUCUCACAAGAUGACGUAUGGGGGAUAUACAGUUUGUACGGUUGCAGAGACAGGUAUUUCGUAUGCGCCUCAUGGGCUAUGAAGGGUUACUGCCAAAGUAGAAGGAGCCCAAUGAAGAAGUACUGCCCCUACAGCUGUGACUUCUGCUAUCAUUUCCCCUUGCCAACAAAAAUGCCAACUCCGGCACCACCGAGAACUAAAGUCCGAAUGGUGCCGGAAGGCAGGAAUGUUACCUUCAGAUGUGGAAAAAAGAUUAUACAUAAGAAAGGAAAAGUUUACUGGUACAAAGACAAAGAGCUUCUGGAGUACUCUUAUCCUGGAUACCUCUACCUUGCCGACGACCACAUGAGCAUCAUUGCCAAUGCCAUCAACGAAGGUCUCUACACAUGCAUCGUUAAGAAGCGGGAUCGAGUGCUCACAACAUAUUCAUGGAACAUACGAGUACCGAUGUAAAGCUUUCCAUGGGUCAACCUCACUUCCCUCACACAAAACAAAAAUAAUCACUUGAGUUGCGGGAGGUUUCUGUGACCACGUAGAUCGGAUCCAUCCACCUGUUUGUGUGGACAGUUUGCUCCGUCCAUAGCGACCGACAACAAUAAGGUGCUCAGAGAAUAGCGGACUUUAUUGAGUCUUCCUUUAAUAAACCUGGGACUUGAGACUGGCUGGCGCUGAUUAACUAACAGCGGUUUUAGCAAUGAAGGUAUUACCUUGUAAGAAAGCUUUGCACAUUAAUCCCUCACAGAUUUGCAGAGGAGGUACAAUACCCUUUGUUUGGGUGGCAUGUAAAGUUUGUUUUUAUUCCUGAGAUGUUCGUGUGGGAUAUAUCCCAAUAUCUCUAAAACCAAUCGCUUAGUAUAUUAAAUCUGAAGGGCUUGUGGGUUUGAUAAUAAUGUACAAUUCAUUGCUAAUAAGUCCGAGUCCGCAUUGUUUCCUUGAAGGUGUCACUAAUAUUGUAAAACAGACCCUCCUAUGAUCAAAAGCAGCGGAAGGUCAGCGUGAUGAUGUUAGAAAGCUCCAGUUCUGUUGGUAUUUGUUGCACCUGUUUAGCAUCAUGGAACAGACAAGUCUUCUCAUGUGCCUAUACUACCAGUCAAUGAUGGCGCUGGACAUCCAUCAUCGAGGCGCGGCUGAUGAAGCAAGAACUCGUCUCCAAGGCGUUUCUAGAUGAGCAGUUUGGACGCUGGGGUCUUCCUAACAGGGACAACCGUACGUGGAACACCAUCGGAGUUGUAGUAAACAUGAUUUGGAGGAUUUCUACUUGGCUUCAAUUGUUCUUUAGCUUCCAGACAGGACUGCAUGAGCCAAGAUGUAUCGAUGUUUACUUUACUAAACCCCACGCAUGUCCACCGA